AUGUCAACAGGUGUAGAUAUUUGCAGCUUUUGUCUAGGAGGUGAAACUGAUAUUCCACCCUUUGGAAGUUUGCGUGAUGCAGAAGAUUUGGUCCAUCCAUGUUCAACUUGUUCAUUGACUGCUCAUAGAAAAUGCCUACUUGACUGGUUCAAUUCAUUAUCUUCUGAUAAGUUACAAGUAGUUAACGCUCUGACCCUUACAGAGGGAUCAGUGAGAAGACCCCAUUCGCAUAAUCAUGAUGAAAGUUUUGGAGUCGGUCAACCUCACCAGGAAACAAGAAUUCACAUCAAUAUAUCUUCGCAACAAUUAAACGAAUGGAUUACAAACAUAGCAUCUAGUUUGAGUGGUGGUGUUACUACAGAGAACCUAUCGACGAAUCAUUCACAUAACUCAUCGAAUGGGUUUGUGGUGCUCUUAUUGGCCCCAUGUCCCCAGUGUAAAGAUGAUAUAGUGUUCAGUAUGAGAAGGUCUUUGUUCUUGACAUUUACAACUGCUACAAGGACUCUUAUAACACGGAGUAUUACUUACGGUGGUCUCUUUAUUGGAAUUACUUCUGCUGUUACUGGAGUCGUCUCCAUGGGCUACAUUGGAUUGACAUCUCUUGGUUUGAAAAUGAUGGAUUCUUUAAUUCCAACGCCUUUGCUAUUGAAGAUAUUAACUAGAAACUCGUCAUCUGAAACAGCAUUACCAAAUGCUUCACUAUCUCAAGUUUUGUUUGGAAAUGUUAAUAAUUAUGCAAUUGAUAAUUUAGAACAAGCAUUGUCGAAAGGAUUGAUUGAUCCAUUAAAGUUUUCCCGUAUUCCUGUCUUGCCAAUAGUACUCUACCGGAUGCGUUCAUCUUCAAUCAUGGACUGUUUGCUAGGUACUUCAAAGGAUAGUUCUUUUAACAACUGGCUUACCGAAUUUAUGAUAAGUGGGUAUAUUUCAUCUUUAGGUAAUCAUGAAUUAAUCAAGUCCAUAACUAGAAACCUUCAAAAUCUGGUUCUGAGAAUUUUGCAGAACCCAAGGUCUAUAUCUCAGGGUUUGGGGAUUUUAAAUGGUAUUAACUUGUGGAAGGCAAAUAACAUGAUAUCUAUGGUAGUACCUUUGAGGUGGGUGUACGAUUUAUUCUUUAGAAUAACUUUAAAUAGACUCCAUUUCAAAGUUGCUAUGAGUAUAAGGCCUCGUGAUAUAGCAAAUUCGUUAAAUGCAUCUGAAUUAGAUGAGUUAGAAGAAAUUGGUGCCAAUAUCGGAAAAUUAGAAUUUAAAUUCAAAAGUUUCAGAGAUGCAGUUGAUGAUCAAGUGGAGAAAGAAUUCAAGUCAAAAUGUUCUUAUUCAUUUAUAACCACGUUAUCCAAGUUUAUCAAAAAGAAAUUAUUAUAUUACGAACGUUGCUUCAAUUCCAAUCUACAAUUGUCAUAUUCUAAACUUAAGAUUUUGUCGUGGUUGCAUGAAACUAAAGCAUGCAUUAAUAAUGACUACUCGACUGCAUUUUUAUAUAAAUCAAUUACAAUGAGAUUUGUAACAACAGCUUUAUGGCCUAUCGCCAGUUCCAAAUUGGGCAGCAUGAUAUUUAAACUUUUACAAACAAAGAAAUUUGCAGACAUUCCAAAGGAUCAAUUAAUAUUAUUGGGAAAUAUAAUUGGCUUGGUUGCUAUCGUUUUCAUUAAAGAUUGCGUAAACUUAUAUUUAAGUAGAAAGAAGGCUGAACAAAUAUCGAAAAUGUCAGUUUUAUGCAUUGACGUGGAGAGACAUGAUAAUACCAAUGACCAGCACAGUGAUGGCAAUACUAAUGCAAAUGUCAAUGACGACAACAACUGGAUUACAGAAGAUGAAGACGAAUCUGCUCAACGAUUCCCGGGGAGAUAUGUUGAGUGA